GACCGAAGCUGGGCUGGCCAGGCCUUCUGACUGGUACCAGAAGAUAGACAUAAAGGAACAGAGGAAGUCAAUGAACUCUGAUUUUCAUGACGAUCUCUUGAUAUCAGAAUUUCCUUUUUUGUAUAUGCACGUGUCUCCUCUGGUCCUAUGGAGAUGAAAAUUGACAUCCACACUCAUAUUCUACCAAAGGAAUGGCCUGACCUAGAGAAGAGGUUCGGCUAUGGAGGCUGGGUGCAGCUCCAACAGCAAGGCAAGGGAGAAGCAAAGAUGAUGAAGGAUGGGAAAGUCUUCAGAGUGGUCCAACAGAACUGCUGGGACCCGGAUGUUCGCAUCAGAGAAAUGAACCAGAAAGGGGUGACAGUGCAAGCUCUCUCCACGGUUCCUGUUAUGUUUAGCUACUGGGCCAAACCUAAGGACACUUUGGAGCUGUGCCAGUUUUUGAACAAUGACCUAGCUGCCACCGUUGCCAGAUACCCUCGAAGGUUUGUGGGUUUGGGGACGUUGCCUAUGCAAGCCCCGGAGCUGGCCGUUGAGGAAAUGGAGCGUUGUGUGAAGGAGCUGAGAUUUCCAGGAGUCCAGAUUGGCUCCCACAUCAACAUGUGGGAUCUGAAUGACCCGGAACUCUUCCCAGUCUACGCUGCUGCUGAGAGGUUGAACUGUUCGCUGUUCGUGCAUCCCUGGGAUAUGCAGAUGGAUGGACGAAUGGCCAAAUACUGGCUGCCUUGGCUCGUAGGAAUGCCGUCGGAGACCACCAUGGCCAUUUGCUCCAUGAUUAUGGGUGGGGUGUUCGAGAAGUUUCCCAAACUCAAAGUGUGUUUUGCACAUGGAGGUGGCGCUUUCCCCUUCACUGUAGGAAGAAUCGCCCAUGGAUUCAACAUGCGCCCUGAUCUCUGUGCCCAGGACAAUUCAUCUGACCCCAGGAAAUACCUUGGCUCCUUCUAUACAGACUCGCUGGUUCAUGACCCUCGGUCUCUGAAGCUGUUGACAGAUGUCAUAGGAAAGGAUAAAGUCGUUCUGGGAACUGAUUACCCCUUUCCACUAGGCGAGCAGGAGCCUGGGAAGUUGAUAGAGUCCAUGGCAGAGUUUGAUGAGGAAACAAAGGACAAACUCACAGCGGACAAUGCCUUGGCUUUUUUGGGUCUUGAGAGAAAACUAUUUGAAUAACAGAAUUAAGCACAAAAACAAACUUUCAAGAAGAUGUGUCACUUUUGUCUUUGAACAUGAAUCACACAUGUUGCUAAAAUUGUAUUCUGAAUUAUUUUACCCCCCAAAUGGAAUAUUCCCCCUCAGG